AUGUUCAAGAGAAUAGUGGCAACACUCGCAAUUGCCAGCGUCGCCUGGGCGGAGGCUGAACAGGCUAAUCUGACUGUUUACACUCGAACUGGUACUUUCGUUGGUGGUCUCAAUGAUACGUACCCGGACGUCAGACACUUCAAGUAUGUCCCAUAUGCAAAGCCUCCGGUGGGAUCUCGACGUUGGACUUCGCCACAACAUCUCGACAAUUCUUCCGAGGUCAUCGACUCGACGGUUUUUGGCCCCGCGUGCUCGCAAUACGUUUCGGCCAUCCCUACUGUCUGGGCUAUGAACAUCACAGGCAAUCUCGUCGUUAACUAUGGCGAAAGUCUGCUUGCCGGCGAAUUCGCCCAGAACUCCGCCGAAGACUGUCUUACCCUUGCCAUUUGGACGCCCGCGAACGCUACUGCAGAUUCGAACCUUCCCGUAAUCCACUUUUUCACUGGUGGUGGAGACGUAACCGGGGGAAUUAACAUCCCCACUCAGCUUCCUGCAAACUGGGUCCACCGAUCGCAGAGUCAUAUCAUUGUCACCACUAACUAUCGUGUUAACAUCUUCAGCCAUCCCCAUGCUCUCGGAUUAGACGGGAACGGUAAUUUCGCGAUGCAGGACCAACGUGUUGCAAUCGAAUGGGUUGCUGAAAAUAUCGCCGCUUUCGGAGGUGAUCCGUUUAGAAUCACGAUUUGGGGACAAUCUGCGGGGUCAGGGAUGGUGGACGCAUAUCUUGCUACGUGGUACGAUGACCCUAUCGCUUCCGGCGCUAUCAUGAGCUCUGCCUUUGCCAUUGGAUACCCUGCUUUGACCGAAGAUUACGACGGGCUCAACUUCACAUUUGUUGCCAAAUCGCUGGACUGUGAUUUCUCAGACCCGAAAGUUGAGCUUGAAUGCAUGCGGCAUGUACCUGUGGCACGUAUCGAGAACUUCGUUGGUCAAUAUCAGGACAAUUCAACACUAGUGAACACGUCUCAAUCUGCCAUCACAUUCACUCGGCAAGUUGACCACAAAUAUGUCUUUGCCAACUACACGGAACGUCAUCUUGAAGGAAAAUACGCUCAAAUUCCUACGAUCUUUGGUACUACCGCGCGCGAAUUCUCAGCUUUACUUCCUUAUGAGGAAGAUGGACCCGCGGAGGAUCUGAUCACCGAAGAUACGCUUAUAUUCGUCUGCGGAGCUUACAAUACUAGUAAGCUGCUCGACCAAGCCGGUCUCUCUACCUACCGCUACGAAUGGGCUGGCAACUUCACCAACAUCGCUCCCGUCCCAUGGCUCGGUGCCUACCACUACUCCGAUCUGUAUAUGUUCUUUGGGACAUACCUCAUCGCUCCUGGAGAAAUAACGGAUUUGGAGGUGCAGACGUCGGAGCGCAUGCAGGAUUAUUUUUUGGAUUUCAUCACUGAUCCGUCGUCGAUGGAGAGUAAGGGAUGGCCUGCUUACGAUGUCACUGCAGUGAAUGGAGGCAAUAUAACUCAGUUUGGGGCGGAUGGACAGGCGGUACAGAUUGUUACAGGAGAUUCCGUCGAAGGGGCUUGUCAUAUCCCUGGCGCGGUGUACAACACCACACCAUGA